UUCUUUCACCCAAGCCUGGCAGAGAUAUCAGAGAGACCUGGAGCUCCUGCUGCUGCUUCCAAUACACCGCCGGAAAGGAUGAGUGACCAUACGACUUACACAUAACUGGUCAACCAUGAGGAUAACCUGGUGUCAGUGGACUCUUGUGGCCGCAGUGGUGCUCACGCUCACCGUGGUGUCCGGUGCCGAAGCAAAGACGACACCGAAGCCAAAGUACCAGUUCACCAAGAAGCCCGUCUCGCAGGUGACACAGCAGCACAGCCCAGUGACCACCAGCUCGCCCAAGACAGUCAAGGUCGGGGCUGCAGAGCCCCACCCACUACCACUCACAGAGAGGACCACCCACCCUAACCAUGUCUUCCCUCAGUACCACUCUGUGAGCACUGAGCCCCCCGGUGUUGGUCUUGAGAACUACACACUGGAUUACAAUGAGUGCUACUUCAACUUCUGUGAGUGCUGUCCUCCAGAGAGAGGCCCCCAGGGGCCAAAGGGGGACAGGGGCCUGCCAGGACCACCAGGCGAGAGAGGUCUUGCAGGGGCAGCAGGAUCAUCAGGACCACCAGGUGUGAGUGGUCCUGUGGGGUUAAAAGGAAACAAAGGAGAUCGAGGUGACAGAGGAACCAGUGGGACAGCCGGGUCACCGGGUGUUCCAGGGAAACCAGGACAAAAAGGUGAUUUUGGCUCGAAAGGUGAGAAGGGUCAAACAGGGCCACAAGCUGUCAAAGGCAAUAGCGGCGAGAAAGGAGAACCAGGCCAGAUGGGAAGCCCAGGUGAGAAGGGAGAACCAGGAAAAGAGGGGCCAGCUGGACCACCAGGAGUGGCUGUUGAGCUAGGUCCAAAAGGAGAAAAAGGGGACAGGGGGGAGUGUAGCACAUAUGGGGAGAAGGGUCAGAAAGGUGAGCGAGGAGAUCCUGGGCCCUCUGGCAUCCCAGGACUCAUGGGCAUUCCAGGAAUGAAUGGCAAGCAUGGUUCCCCUGGUCCAGUAGGUGUCCGAGGGGAUCAAGGACCUCCUGGACCUACAGGAGAACCAGGAGUACGAGGUCCACAGGGACUACAAGGCAUGCGAGGGAUGCACGGGCCAAAGGGGGACAGAGGCUAUCCUGGGAUGAGAGGUGAGCGAGGCAUUCGUGGAAUGAAAGGGGCUAAAGGAUCAGGAGUUCCUCAGAAACGCUCUGCCUUCAGUGUGGGCAUCUCUCCUAAAAGGUCCUUCCCUCCCUCUGGCUUCCCAAUCCGCUUUGACAAAAUCUUCUACAAUGAAGAGAACCAUUUCAAUGUCACGUCCAACAGCUUCACCUGUGUCAUUCCUGGGGUUUAUGUCUUCUCCUUCCACAUCACUGUACGCAACCAGCCGCUGCGAGCCACACUGGUGGUAAACGGGAAGCGGCGGGUGAGGACCCGGGACUCUCUGUAUGGUCAGGACAUUGACCAGGCGUCCACUCUGGUGGUGCUGCAGCUGGCACUGGGUGAUGAGGUGUGGAUGGAGACACUCAGAGACUGGAACGGGGUGUACGCCAGCAGUGAGGACGACAGCAUCUUCUCUGGGUUUCUGCUGUACCCAGACACGCCCUGACUCUCAGCAGUGACAGUCUCUUCUUCUAUCACACUGAUCCACCGUGAGCACACACUGUUGAUGCUGCUUUAACAUACUCAUGAGCUGCUCUAAAGCUGCAGCGUACACCUGUCUGAAUAUUUGAAGAGUGCGCUGUACGAGCAUCUACUUGUGUUACUGUGGUUUUUGUUUGUUUUAUAGCAGUUGGCAUUUGUCUUCUCCUUCUCUCUUCUUCUCCCUAACUUCCUCCCUUGUGUGCAGAGAAAUUAAUAGAAUCCUUCACACUCUCGUUAAAGGCAGGUAGGACAACAUUUUCUCCCUCAGUAACAUGAACGUAGAACAAAUAGAAAUGUGUAUUUCUAUGGCAUUUUAGAGUUUUGGAAAUGUACACUACUCAACAAAAUAUGUAACAUUAGUUUAAUUAGCAGAAAUGUUACAUAUUAUAUCUUCAAUAAUUAACUUCUCAGUACAAAUAUGAGUAAUUUGUGAUGCUUUUCAGUUGAGAAGUCUUGUAAUGUAACAUAUUUUGUGUUACUUAAUCUUUACACAUUUUAGCCUAAAGUAUUCAUUUUACGAGUUGAGUUGCGUUAGUUUAUUUCACAGUCACACGUUUUCACAAGUAAGCGCAGGUACAUUUGUGUUGACACAUUUAAAACACACAUUCUUAUCAAGUAAAUAGCAGCAUUCAGUACAUCAAGAAAUAGACCGGAAAGGUGCAGGCGGAAGCUCAAGCUUAUGUUACCUGUCAGCGUGUGAUUUAUAAAACAAAAAAAAAAAAUAAAAUUAAAUGUCAUGUUUACCCCCAUGUUACUUAUUUUACCCCCAAUCAUGUUCCAUUUCAAUUUCAACAUCUCAUUCUGUCUGUUUUGCCCUUUCUCACACCCUGACCACUGCCCUGACACCUGUCCUGACCUCUGCCCUGACCAUUGUCCUGACCUCUGUCCUGACCACUGUCCUGACCAUUGUCCUGACCACUGUCCUGACCACUGCCUCCUCUCUGACCUUUAGGUCACUUCUUACCAACAUUUGUUGUUGCUGCUGCCCACUAGUGGACUUCAAAAGUAUUGCAGGUGGACCACACUGAGCUGUAAAAAAUACUGCUAUUUAUCUUUUACUAUUCAUUUAAAACAUAUAUUCUAAUAUAUAUAUAUAUAUAAAUCAAAAUAUAUUACAAUAUGUGUAAUAAAAUAUGAUAUUGAAUCUUGUUAUUCACAUUUUAAUAUGUUUAUUUGUAAAAUUUCCUCUAGGGCAUCCAUAUACUUAACUGAAGAUGGACACAGAUUAUAUCAUGUAUGUGUUGAUUAUAUAAUGACAUCACUGUUUGCUUUAUUAUCACUCUGGGGAGAACUGAGUACUUCUGACAUGUAUAAGCAGUAUUGUUGUACAGCUGGGUUGUAUAAAGAGUGUUUUAAAUAAAUAAAAUAAAAUGAAAUCCAGUACACAUACCAUUUACGGACUGUUUAAUUUUGAUGCCAACACUGACAGUUUCAUAGGAAAUCAUAUGGUGAAUCACACAUUAGUGUAGUUCCUCAUUUUCACCAGCGGGGCGCGCACUAGUCACACACAAGCGCUACUCACGGUCAUAGUUCCUUUGUGUGUGUUUUCCCGGCUCACGCUACGACCGAGAGAGAGCAAGUUAAUGUUAAUAAUUAAAUGAAGAGUGGAUAAAACUUUAUUUGUUUUGUGCUUGUUGAUUUAAGUUCUUGAUUCUGAAAGGUAUCCGCACACGUGAGAAGGUUUUUGGUUGCCGGACAUCGCCGUUAAAACUCCGGUUGGUUUUAUUUUUGGUGUAUGACUCGAUUCUGAUGGUGAGCCAGAGCCCAGACCAAGGAACAUGGAGCAGAAAACCGGCUUACAUUCGUGGAGGGUGUGGCUUCGGCAGCAGCUUCCUCGAGCAUCUGGAGAAAGCUCAUCUAUCACAUCAUACAGAUAAGAAACAAAAUCACACUACCUGGGUAGAUGAACAAUUACACAACCAUACAUUGACAGAUAGACACACACUCUGGACACUGAUUUAUGUGGACGGUUGACUUUAUUGGACUUUGCUUUGUUUACUACUUUGGGCCUUUUUUGUUUGAACAGCAUUCAUAUUGUAAAUUUGUUUAUUUUGUUGUUUACAACUGAGGUUGUUUAUUGGUAAAUUCCAAUAUAUAGAGAAAUAUAAAUUAAGUCAAAGCUGAACUUUUUCAUUUGUUGCAAUUGAAGAGUGGCUUUCUGCCAAUAAAGAAUAUCUUUGUUACA